AUGCACUGGGGGACCAGCACCACUAACGCUCUCUCUUCUCUCUCUCCUCCCGGCUUCUCCUUCUCUUGCACCCGCCCCGUCUUCCCGCCCGUCUCCACGGCAGCCUAUGUCUCCGACGAGCUAAAGGCUGCUGCCCUGGUGGAGGAAGAGCUAGACCCAGAGGAGAGCAGGGCGGAUGGGGAGCCCUCGGCCAAGUACGCCUGCCCGGAGAAGGAGCCCAGCAAGGCCUGCGCCAGCUACCAGGACUCGCCGGCCGUGGAGUUCUCCAGCCACGACCUGGACAGCGAGUCGCACAUCAGUGAGGCCAGUGACCGCAUGGCCGACUUUGAAAGCGGCUCCGUCAAGAAUGAGGAGGAGACCAAGGAGGGGGCGGGGGCGCCGGAGGACGCGCCCGUGCCGGACAGCCUGGAGCAGAUGAAGGCCGUGUACAACAACUUCCUGUCCAACUCCUACUGGUCCAACCUCAGCCUCAACCUGCACCCGCCGCCCUCGGAGCGGCCCCCCGGCAGCAGCAGCAGCAGCAGCAGCAGCAGCAGCUGCGGCAGCGGCAGCUUUGACUGGCACCAGAGCGCCGUGGCCAAGACGCUGCAGCAGGCGGCGCAGAGCCGCGCCCUGCCCGAGCCCAGCCUCUUCAGCACGGUGCAGCUGUACCGGCAGAGCAGCAAGCUCUACGGCUCCAUCUUCACGGGCGCCAGCAAGUUCCGCUGCCGGGACUGCAGCGCCGCCUACGACACGCUGGUGGAGCUGACGGUGCACAUGAACGAGACGGGCCACUACCGCGACGACAACCACGAGGCAGACGGCAGCAACCCCCGGCGCUGGUCCAAGCCGCGCAAACGCUCGCUGCUGGAGAUGGAGGGGAAGGAGGACGCCCAGAAGGUGCUCAAGUGCAUGUACUGUGGCCACUCGUUUGAGUCCCUGCAGGACCUGAGCGUCCACAUGAUCAAAACGAAACACUACCAGAAAGUGCCUCUGAAGGAGCCCGUCACGCCUGUUGCGGCCAAAAUCAUCCCAGCCGCUCGGAAGAAAGCUCCCCUGGAGCUGGAGCUGCCCAGCUCCCCAGACUCCACCGGCGGGACCCCCAAGGCUGCACUGGCGGACGCAGGCGAUGGGCUGCAGAAGAGCGCCAGCCCCUACAUCACGCCCAACAACCGCUACGGCCACCAGAACGGGGCCAGCUACGCCUGGCACUUUGAGGCCCGCAAGUCCCAGAUCCUCAAGUGCAUGGAGUGCGGCAGCUCCCAUGACUCCCUGCAGGAGCUCACCGCCCACAUGAUGGUCACCGGCCACUUCAUCAAGGUCACGAACUCGGCCAUGAAGAAGGGGAAGCCCAUCAUGGAGACGCCCGUCACGCCUGCCAUCACGACCCUGCUUGACGAGAAGGUGCAGUCCGUGCCCCUGGCCGCCACCACCUUCACCUCCCCCUCCCACACUCCGGCAAGCGUCUCCCCCAAGCUGACCGUGGAGGUCAGGAAGGACGCCGACAAGGAGAAAGUGGCCCCCGACGAGAAACCCAAGGAGGAGGAGAAGCCCUGCGGAGAGGAAGAGAAGUAUGACGUCUCCUCUAAGUACCACUAUUUGACUGAAAAUGACCUGGAGGAGAGUCCCAAGGGGGGCCUAGACAUCCUGAAGUCCCUCGAGAACACUGUGACGUCCGCCAUCAACAAGGCCCAGAACGGCACCCCCAGCUGGGGCGGCUACCCCAGCAUCCACGCCGCCUACCAGCUCCCCAACAUGAUGAAGCUGUCCUUGGGUUCCUCAGGGAAGAGCGUGCCUCUGAAACCCGUGUUUGGCAACAGUGAAAUCUUGUCCCCAACAAAGAGCCAGACCCUGGUCUCCCCACCCAGCAGCCAGACCUCGCCCAUGCCCAAGACAAACUUCCAUGCCAUGGAGGAGCUGGUGAAAAAAGUCACCGAGAAAGUGGCCAAGGUCGAGGAGACGAUGAAGGAGCCGGAGGGCAAGCUCUCUCCGCCCAAGCGGGCCAGCCCGUCCCCCUGCAGCAGCGACGCCAGUGAGCCCGUCGCGAUGGAAGCUCCGGGCGACGGGGGCUCCCGCAGCCAGGACCACAGCCCCAGCCCCCCGCGGGACGGCGGCAAGGAGGGGAGCCCCCUGGCAGAGCCUGUGGAGAACGGCCCGGAGCUGGGCAAGCCCGUGUCCAGCUGCCUGAGCAGCAGCACGGCCAUCAUCACCGACCACCCGCCCGAGCAGCCCUUCGUGAACCCCCUGAGCGCCCUCCAGUCGGUCAUGAACAUCCACCUGGGCAAGGCCGCCAAGCCCUCCCUGCCCGCCCUGGACCCCAUGAGCAUGCUCUUCAAGAUGAGCAACAGCCUGGCCGAGAAGGCGGCCGUGGCCACCCCGCCGCCCCUGCCGUCCAAGAAGGCGGACCCCCUGGACCGCUAUUUCUACCAUGCCAGCAACGACCAGCCCAUAGACCUGACGAAGGGGAAGAGUGACAGAGGCUGCUCGCUGGGCUCCGUGCUCUCGUCACCCACGCCCACAUCCCCGGCAACCUCCUCGUCCACGGCGACGGCGGCGAAGACGUCUGCCGUGGUGUCGUUCAUGUCGAGCUCCCCGCUGCGCGAGAACGCCCUGUCAGACAUAUCCGACAUGCUGAAGAACCUGACAGAGAGCCACGCGUCCAAGUCCUCCACCCCUUCCAGCGUCUCCGAGAAGUCUGACAUCGACGGGGCCACCCUGGAGGAGGCCGAGGAGGCGACGCCCGCUCAGAAGAGGAAGGGCCGCCAGUCCAACUGGAACCCCCAGCACCUGCUCAUCCUGCAGGCCCAGUUCGCCGCCAGCCUCCGGCAGACCCCGGAGGGCAAGUUCAUCAUGUCGGACCUGAGCCCCCAGGAGCGCAUGCACAUCUCCAGGUUCACCGGGCUCUCCAUGACCACCAUCAGCCACUGGCUGGCCAACGUCAAGUACCAGCUGCGAAGGACAGGGGGGACCAAGUUCCUCAAAAACUUGGACACGGGCCACCCUGUGUUCUUCUGUAACGACUGCGCAUCGCAAAUCAGGACUCCCUCCACGUACAUCAGCCACCUGGAGUCUCACCUGGGUUUCCGGCUCCGGGACUUGUCCAAACUGUCCAGUGAACAGCUUAACAGUCAAAUAGCACAAACCAAGUCACCAUCAGAAAAGCUGAUGACGUCCUCCCCCGAGGAGGACCUGGGCACCUCCUACCAGUGCAAGCUGUGCAACCGGACCUUUGCGAGCAAGCACGCGGUCAAACUUCACCUCAGCAAAACCCACGGGAAGUCCCCGGAGGACCACCUUCUGUACGUGUCUGAGCUGGAGAAGCAGUAGCAUUUGCUUCUGAGGGGACACUGGUCUGCUUUGAGGGAGCCGGAGCCGGAGCCGGAGCCGGAGGCCCUGCCUGACGCGCACAGGCUCUCGCCUUCCCGCGGAGCGCCCUCGGGCUGGAUUGUUUUGUACGACUGUACAGUGUGGAUAGAGGUGCGUAAUCAGCUGUUGUUACUGGUAACCAUGAAGGUCGAACGCAGUGCUAAGUGUUUGGAACUCCGUGUAAGUGGGAUUCAGUGGCGAGCGCCGACGCUCCGAGCUGCAUGCAUUAACAGACCGUUGAAUUAAGCAUUUAUAGGAGCCUGCGCACCCUCCCCGUGGCUGGAGUGCGCUGGCAUUCCUCACCCCUUCAUCUUUACCCUCUGAGUACUUUGAAGCACUUUUGCAUUCAUUUGGUUAAAAAAUAAAAUAAAAUGAUAAUAAUGUAUGAAGCUCUGUUUUUUAAACUCCUUACCAGCUUCGUUAUAAUUAAUAAUAUGAACCUCCGUUUAUGCAGGUCUGCAGGGGUAUAACACGCCUUGAAAUUUAAAAGAAUAUUAUUUUCACAUUGAAACAUAGAUGUAUAUAUUGUAUAGAUUUCAGACUCUCUUAUGAAGAAUGUGAUUGUGGUUAAAUGACCUUUCCUGCAUUUAUAGCAACGGUGUUUUAUGUCCCUGCCAUGCUCUGGGCAUAUGUCGUGCCUGUGUAUAGUGUAUAUUUCUGUUUCCUUUUUUAAGGUCUAUGGGUUUUGUUUUUACAUGCAAACACUGUAAUUAUGCAGAGGAUACCACAGAUAGCAUUUAUAAAGUAUGCAGAAACAUUAUCUGGAAGCAAAGUCUGACUGUUUGUUCUGCUCUACAGUACAUCUGUAUUGGCAGAGGCUCCCGUUUAAAUUAAGCAUAUUUAUUAGCCCCGUGUCACCAUUUGUUCUGAGUGGUCUGAGUGAACGCGGCCGGGCGCGGCCUCCACGGCAGGCAGCUCGUAACUACUUUGCACAUUGUUUUUAAAAGUAUUUAUUAGAAAUCAAAGAACGCGCAAAAUAAACUCAGUGCUCAAAGGGUUAAGUCUAUCUGAAAAGGAAGAAAAAGAGAGGACUUGUACUGUAUUUCCUAAACGUUGAUAAGCCUUUAAAGUGUUUGCACUGUAACACUUGGCUGAGCCCCGGGAUCUGGGACUGACCUCCCCGUCUCCAGCCCUUCGGCUGCCGGGCCGUUGGCUGGGAGCCUUUUUGUCUCAAACGGUAACUUUCUGUUUUCUUGUCCCGAUUAUUUUCCCAAGAUCCCACACUGCAGCUCUGUCUUCAGGCCCUGAAAGGUAACCCGUGGUUACCGCUCUGCAAGUGAUCCUGUUCCUCCCCGUUUUUGGCACUUAAUUUGCAGGAGUAACUGACAGCUGACACCCUAUGAGAACCUGUGUAUAAAUAUCGGCAUGUAAACAGCACAGACACUGUACCACCGUGUGCCCUGUUUAGUUGUUGACAACGAACCACCAUUAUGUGACUCUUCAUAUAACCCUUUUUCUACGGCAGCAUUAAAAUCGUCUUUUUGCUAUAA